AUGACCGUGACUCCGGUCGCGGGACUCGUCUCCUCCACAGUUCUGAAAUCCAACUUCGUCGCCUGUCCACGCGUCCUCAGCGGGCCGAUCCGGUCCAACGCUCUCAGCGCUUCAAACGGCGGGAGAAGGCGGUUUGUUGUGCACGCACAUAAGGUGGAGGUCGAGCAUCAGGGAAAAACACACAUUCUCGAGAUUCCCGAGGAUGAGACCAUUCUUUCCGCCGCGAUUGACGCUGGUCUGGAUCUCCCUCACGACUGCAAGCUCGGCGUGUGCAUGACGUGUCCUGCGAAGCUGAUCUCGGGUGAGGUGGACCAAUCAGAAGGCAUGCUGAGCGAUGACGUCAUGGAGCAGGGCUACGCGCUCAUGUGCGCGUCGUACCCGAAGUCCGACUGUAAAAUCCGCGUCAUUCCCGAAGAGGAGCUGCUCAGCCUCCAGCUGUCCUUUCCCUCUCAAUCUCCCCUGUUUCAUCUCCCCGUCUACGUCACCCCUCUUCAUUCCCCCGCUUUCCCCCCUCCGUCUACCCCUCUCCCUCUUUCCCUCUCCGCCCCCCCCCUUACGGUACACCUCCUCUUUCGCCUUUCUCUGUCAAGCCCUCCCCGCACCCCCCUUUCCGUUCCCCCCCUCUGUUUUCCCCUCUCCGUUUCCCCCCGUAUUCUGUCUCUCCUCCUGUAUGUUGCGCGCGCCUGCUCUUCCAUACAUUGUUCCGAAUCUAGCUCCACCGUGUUCUACGCCGCCUCUGGCCUCCUUGCUUUUCUCCGCCGUCUGACCUCCCUCCUCCCUCUCCCUCCUUCCUCCCAACCUCUCUCCACCUUCUUUCUCCAAUUCCCCUCUUUUCCCCUCUCCCCCACAACCCCCUCUCUCACCGCUCUCCCCACCUUUCCACCCCUUUCCAUAUUCCCCCAAAUCCCCCCUCGUUUCCCCAAAUUGCAGGCCUAUCUCGGCGAACCUAGUACUAUUCGUCGCAUCGCGUUUCUCGACUGCGUCCCUCCGCCAUUCGACCUGGUCGACCUUCGAAUCCGCAAGCACUUCAGAAUCCCCGCCGAGCAGCGCCUCCGGCUCAGAUGCACUGACACGGAUGGAGACGUGCUGACUCUUUCCACUAGCGAGGAGCUUUAUGACGCGUUUGUUCUCCAGAAGCAGAACCCGCUGACAGUGAGAGUGUAUGACAGCGACGGGGUGACUGAUUCCGUCAGUUUGACAGACUCAGUCAGCGCAAAAUUUCACGUCAGCUGUGGUACUGCUACCCACGGCGCCAGCGUUUCUGUCGGCGUCAGCACCCCUCCUGAGCUGAUUCAACCCCUCUCCUCCUCUGAAGCAGCAGCCCCAGCAGCACCAGCAGUAGCAGCAGCAGAAGCAGCUACAGCAGCAGCACCAGCAGCAACAACAGCACCAGCUGCUGCAGCUCCUCCCUUACCUGCCUCCUCCGAAUCGACUCAUCUACCUCCACCUUCUGAUGCUGCCACCGCUCUCCCUCCCGCCGCUGCCUCAUCUACCGCCGCUGCUCCUGCCUCUGCUCCUUCUACCACUUCUGCUUCCUCAUCCACCUCUGCUUUAGAGUCGUCUCACCUACCACUACCUCCUGACUCUGCCACCGCUCCCACUCCCGCCACUGCUCCUGCCUCCGCCUUCCCUCCCGCAACUGCUCCCUAUUUUGCCUCUGCUCCCUUUCCUGCCUCUGCUCCCUCUCCCGCCUCUGCUCCUCCUCCUAAAUCUGCCACCGCCCCCGCUCCCGCCUCUGCAGCUGCUGCUCCUGUCUUUGGUGCUCCUGCUUCGGCUUCUCCUGCUCCUGCUCCAAUUUUUGGUGCUUCAACUUUCACUCUUGCUGCUCGUCCUCCUGUCUUCGGCACUCCUCUUCGUGCCGCUCCUACUGCAACUGCUGCUCCUGUCUUCGGCGCCCCGCUUAUUGGUGCUUCAACUCCCACUCCUGCUGCUCGUCCACCUGUUUUCGGCGCUCCUCGUACUUCCGCUCCUGCUGCAGCAGCGGCUGGUCCUUUUAGGAGCGGUCAUGUGCAUCUCUCUGCUCCAGUGUCAAAGAAAAGUGACUCAGGGUCUCUGUUUUCGCUUGCUCGUGCCGCUCCUGCUGCUCCUGGUUUUGCCACUCCAUCUCCUGCUUCUGCUCCUGCGUUUGGCACUCCCACUCCUGCUGCUCCUGCUUUCGGCACCCCCGCCCGUGCUGCUGAUAUAGAGCGUAGGGAGGCAGCUCAUAACGUGGACCAGUGGCCCAUGGACGCACACGACCUGCACUCGCUGCUGCUGUCCAUUUCCCCUGCCUCCCUCUCUCCCCCCUCCCCCCCCCCCUUCCCCCCCUCCUCCCGCCCCUCCCCUCCCACCUACCCCCAGGCUGACAUAGAUAGAAGGAAGGCAGCUCAUAACGGGGAUCAGUGGCCCAUGCACGCACACGACCUGCCGUCUCUGCUUUGCUGUUCCCAUCCCCCAUCCCUCCCUCCCCCCGCCAAUUUUCUCUUUGCUCCCCUCCGCACCUCCUUACAGGCUGAUAUAGAGCGUAGAAAAGCAGCUCAUAACGGGGAUCAGUGGCCCAUGGACGCAUAUGACCUGCCGCAGCUGCUGCUGUCUGUGCUCAUGCCCACUUACCCUUGCCCCGCAGAGGAGCGAGUGGGCGCGUGGGGGGAUGGCGGGAAGUGGGUAUGCAUGCCUCCAACUGCGAUCCGAGAUAACCCUGUAGUGUACAGUGUGGGUAGCAACGAGCAGUACGACUUUGAGCAGGCCAUGGGCGCGGCGCUGCACACCAAGCCAUUCACCUUCGACCCAUUCCUCUCCGCCAACGCCACUGCUCACAUGCACGCCCUCCCCUUCCUCCACUUCAACGAAAUAGCCAUCGCCGGCGCAUCAAGCCUCGAAAAAUUCCGAGACGAAAACCCCGGGAUCACCUUUAUGACUCUGCAAGAGGCGAUGAAGAAACUAGGGCAUGAGUAUGUGGAUGUGCUGAAAAUGGACUGUGAGGGGUGUGAGGAGGAGUUUAUUAUGGGGAUGAAGAGGGAGACUGAGGAAUUUGUGGAGAGGCGGAGGAAGGAGGGAGGGGCGUUGACUGAGGAGGAGAAGGAGGGGAAGAGGAGGGGGAGGGGGGAUGCGAAGCUGGUGAUAAAUGGGGGGAAUCUGCUGUUUGGACAGCUUCUUGUGGAGUUUCACACCAUGCACAAACCCCAACAGUCCCUUCCCUACUUGUACGCCAUGGAGGGCAUGGGGUACCGCAUGUUCCAUGUGGAGCCCAACCCGCUGUGCUACCCGUGCAUCGAGGUGGCGUUUAUACAUGAAGACCUGGUGGUUCCGCCCUUGAGCCUUGACUGUGCGGGUGUGCUGCGGCGGUCUCAGGUUUCGGACUAUGUUGCGCAGUGGCUGCCUGGAGGAGGGGGGGGAUGGGCAGCGGGAGGGGGAGGAGGUGGGGGAGGGGGAGGGGGAGGGGGAGGGGGAGGGGGAGAGGGAGGGGGAGGGGGAGGGGGAGGGGGAGGGGGAGGGGGAGGGGGAGGGGGAGGGGGAGGGGGAGGGGGAGGGGGAGGGGGAGGGGGAGGGGGAGGGGGAGGGGGAGGGGGAGCGGGAGGAGGAGAGGGAGGAGAAAGGGAAGGGGAAGGGGGAGGGGAAGCGGAAGGGGGAGAGGAAGCGGAAGGGGGAGGGGAAGCGGAAGGGGGAGGGGAAGCGGAAGGGGGAGGGGAAGGGGGAGGGGAUGAUGCCUCGACUGUGGGGCUGUGCUGCGGCAGUUCCAUCCAUGCCUGCGAUGAUGUUGCCGGGUGUGGAGCGGGGGUAAAGAGUGGCAGCAGCAGUGCUGACGCUGGCAGCAGCGGCGGUGAAGCUUGCAGCAGCAGUGGUAGUAGUGUAGGCGCUACUGGUGGUGAUGGUGGUGAUGGUGGUGGUGAUGGUGGUGAUGGCGGUGACGACAGUGGUGUGCGAAAACCCAUCCCUGACACAACAUUCUGCCGAGCAGCUGACGAUACUCGGUUCAAUAUGGGAAACGGAUCAUCUAAAGACGGGGUUAUCAACAAAGACGUAGGGUCCACCAAGAACUCGGUGAUCUUUGUGCAGCCCGGCCUCAAGGGCGUAUGUCAAGACUCGGCCCUUGCCACAGAGAACCUGAUAGUCACAAGCACAACUGGGGAGAGAGGCAGUGCGCUGGUGGGUGUGUUUGACGGGCACGGCUUGUCGGGGCACUACGUGUCCAAGACAGCUCGCGACCAGCUGCCAGAGCGACUCAACACAGCCGUGCAGCACACCCAGAACGAGCUCGCCCACGUGGACGGGGCUGCGGCAAGGGACGUGUGGGCGCGGGUGUUUGGCGGGGUGUUUGGGGACAUUGACGAGGAGUUGAGGAAGGACCUGUUUCACAACAGGGACAGCGGCUCCACUGCAGUUGUCGCCCUCCGCCUUGGCUCGGAGCUGAUAGUGGCACACAUAGGGGAUUCCCGCUGUGUGCUGGCUCGCAUUGCCAGGGGUCCCAACGGGAAGAGUGAUGCAGCGACAAUGGAGGCCGUUCAGCUGACCAUCGACCACAAGGCGAGCAACCCAGCUGAGAAGGUGCGGGUGCAGGAGGCGGGCGGAAAGGUCCUCAACUACAUGAACACCAUCGACAGAAUCUUCCUGCCGGGAAAGAGCGAGCCGGGGCUGGCAGUGGCGCGCGCCUUUGGGGACUUCGAGCUCAAAUCCCAUGGGCUCAUAUGCCGGCCCGAUGUGACUGUUCGCUCUCUAGACCCCAACGACCAGUUCGUGGUCAUGGGUUCCGAUGGGGUGUGGGACGUGCUGUCGAAUGCAGAGGUGGUGGAGAUAGUGGCAAACACAUGGCCCAAGAGCAAAGCAGCGAAGCAGGUGGCUCAGAAAGCCGUGGCCAAGUGGGCUGCGGAGAAACACGCCAACUCCAGAGACGAUAUUUCUGUAGCAGUGCUGUUCUUUUAA